UCAUUGAAAAGUUAUUUUAUUUUGGCGACGUACCGCCCCACCAAAAGCAGUUAUUUCGGAGAUCCCCUUUUGGAUACAGCCAAGCCACACGUUCCUCCCAACUUCCAUGAUUUUCCAAUUAGGGUUUCAAAUCAUCCCAUCACAUUCCCUUCCAAUCCCCAAAUCACCUAAUUCUUUCUUCUUGAAACCCUAAUUGGGAAUUGAGUCAAUGUAUUCGCUUCCGAAAUUGGGGUUUCAACAAACACAAUCAAUCAAGGGUUUCUAAAUCUAAACCCUAUGAUGUUUGGAUACUUCGCUAGCUUUGAUUUCGUAAGUAUUCCUGUUUUUCAUGGAUCAAUCGUAUCGCUCUACCUUAUAAGGUAAUCCAAGUUAUAUAUAUAUAUAUGAUAUAGACACAGGCACGCGCAUAUACAUAUUAUUUCUCUAUAUUUAUAACAUAAUUUGAGAAUGAAACAUCCGAAGAAGAAGAGGAGGUCGCGAGCUUCAAAGCAAGUCGGUGGCAGUAGCGGUCCACAUGAGGAGAAAAACGAAGAGAGUAAGGUUGUCAACAGCUUGACGGAGGCGUUUGAAGCUUCUUCUCUUGAAGAAGCCACCACGGCGUAUCGGGAGGCCAAAGGGGACCCGAAUAAGGCGGCUGUGAUUCUCGGAGGCUUGCUGGAAAGCGCCGACGGUCAGAAUAGUAGCUCGUGCUCGAGUUUGUGUGGGAGUUCCUCCUCCAGCUCAUGCACGUCAGAGGUGUUUGCAGAGAGCAACUGUGGUCAGAAUAUGGUUCAUGGAAAGGGUUUUAGAGGGAAGAACAAGUCAAAGAAGGUUGUUGCAGCUACAGGGACUGUUUCGACCCUUUUGUUGAGGGAUUAUGUUGUGCGUAGCCCAAGAAGAGAUUCAGCUAAAUCAAAGGGGUAUAUCAGUGGAGCUGUGAACAAAGAAGACGCGGAGCAGUUUUUGUGCUCGAUGCUUGGAGACGACUGCGAUCUGAGCAUGGCUGUGGUUAGAGAUGUGCUGUGUCAAUGUGGAUACGAUGUUGAAAAGGCUUUGAAUGCAUUGCUUGAAUUAUCUGCCUAUGAGCAGUCCCAUAAUGGUCAAUCCUCUGACUGCAGUGCAAACAGUAAAGAAGAUUGUCGAUCCCCUCUUGAAUUCAGUGACAAUCUAACUGAUAGGGCAUCCGACACAACUUCUCAUUCUUCUGAGAGCGAACUUCUAGAUAAUAUGUGGCCCAUGGGCUACCGUGGCAGGAAUUAUUAUGAGGUUCUAAUUGGUUCUGAAGUUCAUUCUCCACCUAGCCCCAGAAGUUCCGAGUCAGAACUUCCACAAAAGGUGUUAGAUUCUUUGUUUAACAUAUCAAACAGUACUGAACAUGAACCGAACAGUAUGAACUGGAAGAAUGUAGUAAAGAAAAUGGAGUCACUGGGACAAAGGUUUGAGUUUCACACUUCUGGUGCUGCAGAAUCACAGGAACUCAUCCAUGCUAAAGGUGAUGACUAUCAGAUGUUCAGAAAAUCUGCAAUGCAGCACUGGGAUUCCAUGAAAUCCUACUAUCAGAAGGCUACAUCAGCAUAUUUAAAUGGGGAACGGGAAUAUGCAGCUUACCUUUCUGACCAGGGAAGGUCAUGCAAUAAAAUGGCUCGAGAGGCAGAUGAGAAGGCAAGCCAGGAGAUUUUUAGAGCCAGAAACAAGAGCAUACAAAAUGUGAUAACAAUUGAUCUCCAUGGACAACAUGUGAAACAAGCGAUGAGGCUCCUAAAAGUUCACCUGCUAUUCGGGGCAUAUGCUUGCUCGGUUCAAUCUUUUAGGGUUAUCACAGGAUGUGGGAGCCAUGGUGUGGGGAAGUCGAAGCUGAAACAGGCGGUGAUUAAUCUUGUCCAAAAGGAAGGCAUUGAAUGUAACGAAGAAAACAAGGGAACCUUGCUGAUCAGACUUGAUGGACAGAGAGAGUUUAGCUUUCUGGAGACCGAGAGUGAUUCCGAGUAAUCUUGCUUUGGUAUGGUUGCUCAUUAUCAAUAGUAAAGGUAUUUGCAUGUUUCGGGCAAGGUAAAAAUUAUGGCCUGGAUCUAAAUUCUGGGAUCUGUGUUCAUGGCCCCAUAAAUUAUGGUCUGGAAACCAUCUCAGGCUUUCUUCUCACCGUAGUUUGUACACUAAUGCUCUCUAGAUAAUUUAGGGGAGGUGUAGUGUUGAAGGCCAGGUUUUAGACUUUCUGUUCUUUGUACAGAUUUUAGAUUUGAUUCAGGCCUUGUACAAAAUCAUGUAUAUUAUUUAAACUGUAAUGUACCUUGUAGUUGGUGAACUGGGUAUCCAUCAUUUCAGUUAUAUGAGAAGUUGCAUCGGAUCUUUAGUUUGGGA